CUCUGAAAGCUUUUAAUUUGAUUUGGAUUGUCCCUUGUACGAGAUAGUGGUCUGAGCCAAUGUCUGCUCCUCUUCUUACUUUUGUGUCCAGCAGGCUGCGCCUCCACUUCCUUGAGAUUGAGAUGAAGUCGAUUUGGUUGUUGGUUCGCCCAUCUGGUGACACCCAUGUAGCCUUGUGGAUAUCCUUGUGUUUGUAUACGCUGCCACCAAUCACUAGUUCAUUGAAGGCGCAGAAGUCGGCGAAGAGUUCUCCGUUUUCAUUCAUUUCUCCGAGAGCUUCUCUACCCAUGAUGAGUUCCCUUCCUGUGUUGUCUGAUCCCAGUUUGGCGUUCAUGUCUCCCAUUAGUAUUUUGAUGUCACCAGCUGGAGUAUUGUCCAUUGUUGUCUGCAGUUGUCUGUAGAAUUCUUCUUUCGUUUCGAGGUCUCCGUUGUUUGCUGCUGCAUAGUAUUGUAUAACUGACACUUUCCUUCCUUUGGAGUUGAAUCUGGCGGUCAUUAUUCUGGGCGACAUCGCCUCCCAUUGCAUCAGGGCCUUCGUUGCCGUUGGUGACAUGAUAGCCACACCCUCGGUGUGCAUGUGGUUGACUUCUGGGUGACCGGAGUAGAUCAAAGAUAAUUUGGUGAGUCCACUCCCAUUCCAUCUGCUUUCGCAUAUUUCCAGUACUUGAAUUCCGUAUCUUCUCAUCUCGUUUGCAAUCUGGGCAGUUUGCUAGUCUCGUACAUGGUGCGGACGUUCCAUGUCCCCACACAGACUUUUUCUUUUGUCGCAAGGAAACUCAUCGUGCUGAAGUUCAAC